AUGGAACCUCCAUCAUCCCCUUCCUCUAACAUUACUGCCCCACCUGACUAUCGUAAAACCUCUCGAAGACUGGCCAAACUGAUUGUGGAGGCCAUGACCUGCCGUUUCGCUCUCCUGCACUACGACAGCACCUCGAAGUCUAUGAUUAAAUGGUAUUGGCCUGUCGAUAGUGAUGGAAAGAAGAUUCCACCGUCCCAUCUAGAGAAGUACCGCAACGGACAUGAUUUUAAAUAUCUGUGCUGUCUAUGUGCCGAUGGCGGUGGAAAAGGGGUAUACGUAGAGACAGCAGUGUACUCUUGGUGGAAUGAGAUUGACAAGAAGAUUGACUGGACUGCAAGAUGUGCAUCGGAUACAUGUGGAUACCGAGGUACCUUCCAAUACCCGCAAAGAGACACAGAACAACGAAUCUUACCUAUUAGACUUGAGUGGGACCGCAGAGAGCAAGCAGAAUUGCUGGACAGGCUUGACUGUGCUGAUGGCGAAGGAGUUUCGUGUUUUAUUCAAACACUGCAAAAAAUGCGAGCGAGUCGGAGUAAGGCCAGUGAUGAACCGCCAUAUCUGUUCGGGAGGAGUACAAAAGAACCACCGUUAUCGAUAGAAAUUAGCAAAAUAAUGCGGACUAUCAUCAAACCCGAAAAAGUUACUGACUUUGUGAAACAUUGGUAUCAUACACCCAUUCCUCGUGUCGAACAACGAUCUCUUGAUGCUGGAGGUGCCCUUGGCCUCAUAUUGCACUACCUAAACUCUACAAUGCAUCAAAUUAGCCUGCAACAGACUUUUACACUCAUCCAAACAACAGUUUCAUGGUACCUUUCAUUUGGCUUGCACAUACACCUCCAGACUACACUCAGUUGUAGUUGCACACUGGGCACAUAUGAAGCGGUCCGAAGUUUCUUAGCUGGCCUCGAUAAAAUCAUUCUUUUGGCCUCAGUGCUUUUCACCAGGCAUGUAUCUCGGCCCUUAGAUAUUGCAACAAUUAUACCUACUCCGCCAUUGGAUCAGACUUUCGAUGUCUUCCCAGUCCAAGAUGACUCUGUGAUGACCCUGAUAAGUCCUUUCACUUCGGCACCAUUUUGGCCUUAUAUUCUUGACUGGAAUUCAGAUCCAACUCACACAGGAACUCCUGAUCUGGCCAAGGGGACUCCGACUACUUGUCUGCCACCGGUCGAAACGAGUCAAAAUGCCGUCCUGACAUGCCGGCCUGUCGAAAAACCAGACUCUCUGGACUACUUUGGAAUUUCAAAUGCUAGGUCUCCAAUGGCUAAAUGA